CACCACUACGUCCACUACGAAAAAAGAUCUUUGAAGAGCUAUUCGAGUCCGCGUGUAUGACACACGGCGACCGACGACUUGCGGGCAACUUGCGAGUUGCGACGAGAUUGCGACAGAAGACGCGAGCGACUCUUAUAAUAGAGGGAUUUCUGGAAAGGGUGGUUAAUAGUGACCGUGAAAAUACUGGAUUUAUUGCCUGUUUGUGGUGUUUUGCUAUAAAAUCUUCUUCGGAAAAGGAAAAAUCAGAGAAAAAAGAUGAUGUUCAAAUACGGUUUAGCUUUAAUGUUUAUCUUAUUUCUGCUGGAAGAGUUGAGCUGCAAGAGAACAAGGAAAUCAAAAGCCUCGAAGUUACAAAAGAUUCCACAUCAAUAUGAAAUCUUUCAAUCUAAGUGGCUUCCAAGUGACAUGCAGGUGACAACGUUCCUGCAUAAGGACGAACCUAAGAUAUUUUACUACUGGUCAAUGGACAGUAACAGAUCACUUCACGUUAUCUUAAUGUCGUGCUCUUCACUAAUCAGUUGGACUAUGUUAUACCUCAACAAUAAUAAUUCAUCAUUAUCAGAUGAUAUAACGUCACUCACUUACAAAGAGUCUACCAAAGAUCUGGGCACGGAGACAAUUACAUCAAAACAAGGCAUAUACGUAUUAAGCAUAGUUUCUAGAGAACAAGAGACUUACGCUCAUAUAUACAUAAGUACAGAAGAUGGCGGACCUCAAGCCUUGCGAAGCUCACAACAAAACAAUCUGAAACUUUCCAAGAAAGGGAAGAAAGACUGGUUAACUGUCAAAUGGCAACCAAGUUUAGUUGAUCCACACAAAACAUUCUAUUGUCUCGCCAUCAAUACAGAAAGUCAUUAUAGAACAAUGUGUGCUGCUGAAGUGGACAUUAUUGAACAUCAGCAUGAUGUAUGGGAGCAAAAAUCUACUCACAUAAAGAAAAUAAGAAAGCCUAAUUCAUUCCUAGAAUGCGUCGGGCGCAAAACUCAAAUCAAAAUUCCUAAUAUCAACGAGGGAAUCACUUAUUACUUUGAUCUGUUUGCCCUCAACAAGCAAUCAAAUUUCACGUAUCUCUUGGAUUCAACAACGAAAAAAUUUGAUUCAAAAGACAAAUUCAUCCCACUCAAAGAUGGUAAAUUUGUCAGCGCACGAAGAAUCGACAACAAAGCAAUUUUCAGGUUUAAGGUGGGAAGAAAGUCUGGAAAGCAUUUGCAUCUCUACGUUAUCCCUUGUGGAAGUUACAUUUACUUAGAUGUUAGGCUCAAACAGAAGACUGUUUUUCGACAAAUUAGGAUAGACAGAUUUAAAAACAUAACCAUAAAUAAUGUAACGAAAGGAAAUAGAUAUAUUGUGAAAGUGAUUGCACCACAAAAUGAAUUUACCAAUACAGGAGUGGAGAUAUUUGCUACUACUAGGUCAUACCUGUAUUCUCCUAUACCUACAAUGCCAGAAAACAUAUCAGUGAUUGAAUAUGAGUCGAUGAAGAAGUGCGACAGUGUGACCAUCGGUUGGAUGCCAACUCUAGAUCGUUACAACAGUACGUAUUGCUUAGUGGUGAAAGAAGGCAAUGUGAAAGAAAAUGAAGAGUACAACCAACCAAACCAAUGUGGACUAGAAAACAGAUUAAGGAAAUCUUUAGAUUUUGCCUGGAAACGAUGUUUUCAUACAACUACCUACGAAGACCAGCCUAUAAUAACACAAAAAAUCAGUAAUUUAAAACCAGGAAGAAGUUACAGUGUGUUGGUAUCAGUCAGGAAAGAGAAAGGAAGAUCAUUGUCAUAUAACAUACUUCCAGUGUCUACUCUAAAUUCUUGUCGAAUAAAUCCGUAUUGAAAAAUAA